GAAGAUAGUUCACAGCUAAGAAAACAAAGACAUUGUAAUCCAAAUCAAUGGGUGAAAUAGAUAAAUGUGAUGAAGAAAUGCCUAAAUUUCUAAAUUUGAUGGCUUGUGUUGUUGAAAGAGUAGCUGAACGAAAUGAUGUGAAGAGUAGAUCAAAAAUUUCUAUAUUUGAUGGACUUAGUAGGCCUACAAUUUCUGUCCAAAGUUACUUGGAGAGGAUAUUCAAAUAUGCAAAUUGUAGCCCUUCUUGUUUCAUCGUCGCCUAUAUUUAUCUUGAUCGGUUCUCACAGAUGCAGCCAUUGUUGCCCAUCAAUUCUUUCAAUGUUCAUCGCUUACUCAUUACAAGCGUCUUGGUUUCGGCUAAAUUCAUGGAUGAUAUAUUUUACAACAAUGGUUACUAUGGGAAAGUAGGUGGAAUAAGCACAAGAGAGAUGAAUCUACUAGAAGUGGACUUCUUAUUUGGAAUAGGGUUUCAAUUAAAUGUGACUCCCACAACGUUCCACACCUAUUGCUCUUAUCUCCACACUGAGAUGUUGAUGCUUGAAAUCCCAAUGCCUCUCAAAAUUGUCAACCAACAAUAUUGUUACGUUAACGAUGAUGAAUCCUCCACUCACGAGCUAGACGUUUCACAAAUAAUAUAAACAAUAUUAGACUAAAUUUUGUCACUAGCUAGGUCAAGAUUCUAUACUACUCCUUGGCCGGCUUUAUCAAGUUGUAAACAAGAAUUAUAUGUUGCAACUUGUGGAUUCUUCAUGUUCGAUUUUUGAACUUUUUCUUAAUGAGUUUUGCGGCA